CUGUAUACUAGAUGGAAAUAAUGUGAUCACCUUAAUUCUGAACUUGUUAAGAAAAACUUUGAAAAUUUAAAGAAUGAUAAAGCUCCUGAGGCAGAUAAUAUUUACCUAAAAGUCUUGAACUGUUGAAGGAGGUUAAAGAUUGGUUAGCUAAGUAACCUUUAUUUGGGAUAUUACAAAAAAUGUUUUCUCUUCGUAUUGUUACUGUGGAUCAUUACCAAACCUUCCCAAGAAAAGGGCUUGAUGCCAUGUUUUCUGAAUUUCGUGGCUGUGAUGUCAAAAAAGUUCCUGUUGUGCGCAUUUUUGGAGUAAUGCAUUCAGGUCAGAAGGCAUGUUUGCAUGUUCAUGGAGUCUUUCCAUACCUGACUAUACCUUGGGAAGGACCACUAGCUGGACCUACUAGUGUUGCAGGUGACAGGUACAUCCAUCAAAUGACCCAUAGUAUUGAUAGUGCAUUAAACAUCUCAUUGGGGAACAGUGCUUCCAAUAUGAAGCAUGUGCAUAAUGUGACAGUGAUCAGUGGAAUUCCAUUGUAUGGCUAUCAUGAAAAGGAACAGUAUUUUUUGAAAAUUUGCCUAUAUAACCCUCUAAUGACCAAAAGAGUAGCUGAGCUGCUACAGACUGGUGCAGUGAUGAACAAAGUGAUCCAACCACAUGAAGCACAUGUGCCAUACAUCUUACAGUUUUUUAUAGACUAUAACUUAUAUGGAAUGAAUUUCAUCAAUGUGAGUGCCUUGAAGUUUCGUAGACCGUCUAGAAAACAAGAUGAAAUAUCUUCCUGGAAGUUAACAUCUGAUUCGAACUUUCAAGUCUGGGACAUAAAGAAUUUACCUGAGGACUUUUUACUUGAUGAAUCAGUGGAGAAGAUAACAACUUGUGAAGUAGAAUGUGAUUGUCAAAGUAAAGAUAUUACCAAUCAUCUUGAAAUACAAGGAUUUGAAAGGACAAAUCCUGGCUUAAAAGCUAUUUGGGAAGAUGCAAGACGAAGAAAGCUUGACAAUGGUGAAUCUUCAAAACUAACCCCUCAGCAAUCACAAGAGCGUGAAAAUGUUAAGGAAUCAGAGAGUGCCAUUCUUCUAAAGCAAAAAUUGUGGAAACUUGUACAGAAUGUUCCAAUCAAUGAAGUAAAGAAAAGUGAUCUCACAAUCAUCUCUUCAGGAAGUAAUUCUUCACUUAACAUAAAUAGUUCACCUUCAGAAAGUCCUAAUCUCCAUGCAUCUUCUGUAGAAGAUUUGACGACUUCACCUGUGCUAAGGGAAAAUGAACAUCAAACAGAUGUUGAUGUAAAAGAAGAAAAGGCAGAUGAAAUUUCCUUUAGUCAGUGUUCUAAUCUUUUGGAUAGUUGUGACUUGGAGUUAGUGGAAACUAUAGCUGGCCUUGCAGAGAAUGAUUAUGGCUCUGAGGACAUGGAUAGCAUUUUGAGUACCCAACCACUUAAACAGAAUGAUGAAAGUGAAGCAGAUGAUGAUGAUCUUGUGACUCUAGAAAUGUCUCAGAGAUUCUGGGAGGAUGAGAAUUUGAAGCAACUCAAGCAAAGUUCACAAAAGUUAGAUGAAAAUCCUGUAUCAAAUGAAAAUCCAGCUUGUCAUGAAAACUAUGACACAAAGACGGACAUAUGCUUGUUAAGUCCAGUAAACUGUGAUGAAGAGAAUUAUCUGCAGGUUCCACAAAUUGAUGUGCCUUAUGAUAAAGUGCAAGAAAAUAUUGGAACUGACCUUAUCAUGUCAUCAACAUCUACAGAUAUGGUGGGGAAAUGUUCAGAAGCACAAACAAGCAGUCCACAUAUUUUAGACAGAGAUAUACAGAUGUCUCAAGAAUCUUUUCAUGAAAGUUAUAAACACCAUACAAAGUGUUUAUUAACAUCAAAAGACAAAAACCAUAGAAAAUUUCUGGUGUCAUUGAAUAGGAAAGAAAAGAAAUCAUAUGGGAAUUUUGCUGUUAUGAACAGAUUCUAUAAUGUACCAGAUGGAUCUUUACAAAACCAGACUUCUGUACCAAUAAAGAAAGAUCAAAAUCUAACGUCUUCCAAAAAAUCAAGGAAAUCUUCCUCUCAGAAAACAAAAUUGCAAGAUGAAUGUUCUAGUAAUCUCAAAUCUCUGGAACAAAAUAAAUUUCAAGCAAACUGUGAACCUUUAGUAUCAAACUUAACUUUAAAAAAUACAAUUUUAAGAGAUUUAGAUAAGUCUUUCAAACUCAGAUCAAAUUCGGUUCCAAACAACACUUGUAGAAACAAAAUUUUGAAAUCGCCAGACUCUCUGCUAACUGAGUCUUCUGUUGUUGAAGACCAAUAUGAUAACAGUUUAUUUAAAACUCAGUCUCCUUUUUAUGGAUUAAAGCUAUCACCAGACUUAGGUUGUGAGGACUUUAAAAAACUUGGCAGAGAAAGGGUGUUGUUGAGGCGUUUGCAUCUUAAAAUGUGUAAUGACAACAAGAUUUCAGUGCCUUUUGCUGAGAAAACUCCAGGCAUUAGUGUACAAAACUGUGAUUUGAAUGAAAAAAAAAUUAAACAGUAUUUUAUCAAGAAUGAAAAUUUGGUAGGUGGGUUUGGUUGUAAUACCACCCUGCCUAUUUAUAGUGAAAAGGAGAGAGCCAGUUCUGCUUCUAUCAGUCAAACAACCAUUGAUGUGCCACAUUUAUUGUGUUCUAAAGAAAGCCAAAAUGUAGAUUGCAGAGCAUUGGAAAUUAAUUCUAAAACAGAGAACCAAAGUGAAACAUUCAUAACUAAAUUGUGUGAGAUGAUAUCAGGCAAAGAACCACAUUCUAAAUACGAUACAAAAGAACAAAAUUUAUUGAAGAACUUGACAAGAACAAAAAAUCAAAGUAAAUUAUCAUGUAAGAGGAGAUUAAAUACUCAAUCCAAACAGUUUGUAGAAAAGAAUAAGAGCUCAGUUUUCAAAAAGCAUUCUUCUUGUGAUUUUAAAAGUUUUAAAGCAAAUAAACCAAGUAAACUAGAAAUAUAUAAUAAGAACAGUUUGAAAAAACAGAAAGUUAUCUGUACAAAGGAGUUUGAAAAUAAAAAUUUACAUGACCACUUUCACCAGGCUAAAGCUAUAAGUGGAGAGAGAGAAUUGAAAGAUAGUGACAAGAAUAACAAGAUCUCUGGUAAAAAUAAAGCACAGGCUCUACUAGAAAGUGACGAAUGUAUUGAGCUUCGUCAUUGUGAUAGAAGAAAAAAUGGAGGAAUUGAAAGAAGUAUUGAGUUUCAUGAUUACAUUCCACAGAUAAAUCUAAAACAUUCUGAACAGAAUGUAGAUUUAAUUGAUGGAAGUGGUGCACACAAAAAAUGUAAUGAUGAUGGCCAGAGUUCCCAGAUUUUUGUUGGUUGUCCUACAUCAUCAGAACUGAAGGAUGAUCACCAGUUUACAGAUGCCAUGUGGAAACUGUCGUAUUUAUCCCCACUGUCUCUUGAAAGUGCCCCUGAAUCUCCUCCUAUGUGUUGGUCACCAAAAGCAGGUAAUUUUUCUGAUCAUUCCUCUUUUUUAGAUCUUGAAGACAUUUUUCCUGAGAGAGAGAAAGAAUUAUGCAAGGAUGUUUGUUCUUAUCAUAACCUAGACACUGACAGACUUAAUAAGUUGGAAAACUUAACUUGUAACAUGAAGAAAACAUCCAGAAAGAGUCCUGAAUAUAGGAACAUUAAACAGUCAACACCAUAUGUUAAUUUGUCAUCUGAUAUUCAUACUGGGGAAAACAUUCAGUCUUCCAGUAACGUAGACGAAUUUUCUUUGUUACGUUUGAAAAACAACAACCUAGUUCAAAUGACAUCUGAUAGUAAACGUGUACAUAGUGUAUCAGAAGCAGAAGAUAUACCCAAGGAUGAUUAUGAUCAAAACAGAGAUUACAGUAUGGGUAUUGAAAGCUUCUACUUGAAUAACUCGGAUACCAGUACACAUCAGGUGACAAUGCACGAUAGUCUGAAUUUGGAUUUUGUCACUAAAAGUGACUCAACACUGACAAAGAAUGUGAUGGACUCAUCCAAAAAGUCAGUUAGUAAGAAAAGAUUAUUUAAUUAUGAAGGUAGAGUUUGGACAUUGAAAAAAAUGGCUCCCUCCAGAGAUCAUGUUCAGUCAACACUUAGUGAUUAUGGGUUAUCCGCUGUUCCUGCCUUGAAAGUAUUCUCCAGUGAUCCUGCUGAUUUGCCUGUACAGCAGUUAAACAAGGGAGAUCAAAUGGUUCAACUUCAAGGACCUAUUACAAGGAGUAAUAAAAUAUUAGAAUGGGCACAGAAGUUUACUGCAGAACAGAGGAGAGCAGAAGGAUUAUCUUCAAGCUUCUGUUUAAUUCAGGAGACUGCUAAGAAACCCAGAUUGAAAACAGUGUUGGCCAGUGGCAGUUCAGUUGUCAUAACUCCAGCCAUUUUACCUCCAAAUAGAAAAACUGUUGAUAAUUGGCUGCAAAUGAGAAAAGCAUUGUUAAAUCAAAACAAACAACAAAAUACCAUGAAGUUUAAUAGCAACUUGUUUUAUAAAGAAAAUAAAAAAGAUCAUCCGUAUUAUAAUCCUACAUCUUGCUAUGACAGUUGUUCACCACAACAUAGUAAUGGUGAACAUCAUUCUGGCUUAGAUGCUGAUUGUAUUAACUUGGUUAGUAGUAAAAUUGUGGCGAUUAACAAGUAUGAAACAUUAAGAUCUAAAAAGGAAAUGCUCUUGUCAUACCCAUUGAAAACAUUUUUUAAUGCUGAACAAACUUCUACUCCAAGAGUAAUGAAGAACCAUCGUGCACAAGAUGCUUCAUUUGAAGUGAAGGACUUCAAAGAUGACGACACCAACCUGGUAAUUUCAUGUAUGCCUAAAACAAGCUGUGGGUCUCUGGUAGGUGAAGGUGGUGGACAUAUAACCAGUGGAAAGGAACAAUGUUCAUUUAAAAGAAAGAAAUGCUACAAUAUAUCUGGGAAAUGUGUGUCAUCAGUUAAUAAAAGUCAGAUAUUAAAUAUUUUUGAGGAAGAUGCUUCAUUAAUUAAAAGUCAAAUAUAUAAAAGUUUUUCCAGUAAUGAUAUUACUUCAUUAUUUGAUAAAAAUAUUUGUAAGUUCUUUUGUAAUGAGGAUGAAGAUUGGUCAGGUAAAAAGUGCUUGUCCAGAAGUUUUUCUGAUGGAGACAUCAGAGAGCCAAAUAGAAAUCAGAAAUUAAAAGAUGAUUCAAAUGCAGUUAUAUCUUUAUCAGUUAGAAAUUCAGGAAAGAUGUUUGAAGGAAAUUUUAGUGAACUUUAUAAUUCAGCAGAUUCAAGAAAGAAAUGUGAGAGAGAAAUUGUUCAACUGGUUAAAAAUUACAAAUAUGAUAAAUUUAUUCAUGAAAAUAGAGAUGUUUCCACAAGUGAAAAUUUUUUGGAGCACUCUCUUUCUCCCAUUCUUAAAACACCCGAUAGUUGCUCUUUAACUCCACAACAUAACCCUGAAAGUCAGUCCCAAGAAAAUGAUCUUUGUGGUAAAGAAAAACUGCUUGAGAAGCAACCUCUGUUAUCCUGUAACAGAGAAGUCCAGAAAUUGCAGAAGUCACCUCAUUUGCCAUUUCCUUUUCCCCAAAGUUCCUUAAGAAGAAAGAUCCUGGAUAAUCAGUUUAUGAAUUGGUACUUUCCUAGAAAGCAAAUUUCAGUUUCUUCCCAAAUUGAAGGCCCCUCACCAGAAAAUACAUUUGGUUUCAAAAUCAGCUUUGGUAAUGUUCCUGCAAUUAGAUCAGCACAUGAGUUUCAGUACCUGACAGUUAUGAGUGUAGAGGUACACGUACAAACCCGAGGAAGCUUAUUUCCAGACCCAUCUUAUGAUAGUGUUACUGCUGUGUUUUAUUGUAUGCACAAUGAUGUGCCUAGUGAUUGGUCAGUGCCAAAAGAACAAGUCGGAGUUAUUAUUGUGCAGUCUGAUAAAGAGUGUAAUGAAGAACAAGUUGACAAACAUUAUGUUUCAAGAAAUUCUGGACUUGAUUUGGAAGUAUGUACUUUAGAUAAAAAACUAACUGAAGAUAACAAAACAUGUGUUACUGGAUUAACAAAUGAAUCACCAGUAACUCUUCUGGAAGAAGCUGAUGCGUGUUCAAAACUGAGUGGAGAAAGGAAUAUUAACUCCUUGAAGAAACAUUUACUGACAAAAUGUGGUCUUCCUGGUAUUAUGGUAACGUACGUGAAAAAUGAAAUUGCUCUUUUCCAGCAAUUUACUCACCUUGUUCACAGUUGGGAUCCAGACAUUCUAGUAGGUUAUGAAGUUCAGAUGUUAUCAUGGGGUUUCCUGCUGGAACGAGCUACGCACCUGAAAUAUAACCUAUGUUCACUAAUAUCUCGUGUUCCAACUAGCAAGGGUAGCCAUUUCUCUACUGAUAGGGAUGAAUAUGGAGCAGAUCACAUGUCUGAAAUUCAUCUAGAAGGGCGCGUGAUUUUAAACUUGUGGAGAUUGAUAAGAAAAGAAGUCAUUCUAAAUAUAUACACAUUUGAGAAUGUUUACUACCAUGUUUUACACCAGAGGGUACCUUUGUACUCAAGACGUACACUUAGUGACUGGUUUUCUGAAGUCAACUAUCUAAAUAAAUGGCGUGUAAUUGAGUAUUUUAUAAUCAGAGUACAAGGUAAUCUUCAACUCCUAGAGAAGCUUGAUAUCAUUGGUAAAACAAGUGAACUUGCUCGUGUGUUUGGUAUUCAGUUCUAUGAUGUUUUGAGCCGAGGGUCUCAGUUUCGAGUGGAGUCUAUGAUGCUUCGUUCUGCCAAGCCCCACAAAUAUGUGCCUGUUACUCCAAGUAUUCAACAGCGUGCCAGGGCUAGAGCUCCUGAAAGCAUCCCUUUAAUUAUGGAACCUGAAUCCCGAUUUUACACAAAUCCAGUUCUGGUGUUGGACUUUCAGUCUCUUUAUCCAUCCAUCAUAAUUGCCUACAAUUAUUGUUUCUCAACAUGUUUAGGACGACUGGAGCAUCUAGGAAGAAAUGAACCUUUUGAAUUUGGAUGUACUUCCUUGGCUGUACCACCUGAACUGCUCAAGCUUUUGUGGAAGGACAUCACAAUAUCACCAAAUGGAGUAGUCUUUGUAAAGUCCUCUGUUCGGCAAGGUGUUUUGCCACAGAUGCUCAAUGACAUCUUAAACACAAGAAUUAUGGUUAAAAAUGCUAUGAAAGAUUACAAAAACAACAAGGGCCUUCUACGACUGCUAGAUGCACAACAAAUGGGACUAAAGAUGUUAGCUAACACUACUUAUGGCUACACUGGUGCAAAUUACUCUGGCCGCAUGCCUUGUGUGGAGGUUGCUGACAGUAUUGUAAGCAAGGCACGAGAGACUCUAGAACAAGCUAUUCAGCUGGUCGAAAGCACUUCCAAAUGGAAAGCUCGAGUGGUGUAUGGUGACACAGACAGCAUGUUCGUACACUUACCAGGAAAAUCUAAAAUAGAAGCCUUUAAGAUUGGAGAAGAAAUAGCAGAGGCUGUGACAUCUAUAAAUCCCAAACCAGUAAAACUAAAGUUUGAAAAGGUUUAUUUUCCAUGUGUCUUACAAACCAAAAAGCGAUAUGUUGGUUUUAUGUAUGAAAACAUCAACCAAAAAGAUCCUGUAUAUGAUGCUAAGGGCAUAGAGACUGUCCGAAGAGAUUCAUGUCCAGCUGCACAAAAGGUAUUGGAGAAGUCUCUGAAGAUUUUAUUUACUACAUAUGAUGUCACUGCUGUCAAACUAUACGUUCAGAAGCAGUUUCAGAAAUUAAUUUCUGGGCGAGCAAGCAUUCAGGAUUGUAUUUUUGCCAAAGAAUAUCGAGGAUUAAGAGGAUACAGGCCAGGAGCUCGUGUACCAGCAUUGGAAAUAGCACGCCGUUUACUUCGUGCUGACCCAAGAGCAGAGCCUCGAGUAGGAGAAAGAGUCCCAUAUGUAAUAGUGUAUGGUUUUCCGGGCCUUCCACUGAUUCAGCUUGUUAAGCAACCACAGGAAGUUAUCUAUGACCCAGGAAUGAAAAUCAAUGCUCAGUACUACAUAAGCAGAAGUAUCAUUCCACCACUGGAAAGGAUAUUUUCUUUGAUGGGAGUCAAUGUUGUAACAUGGUACAGUGAAAUGCCUCGUACAAAUAAAACAGUUCUGUCAUCCGAGUUCCAUCCUCAUCAUAAGAAGGGGACUCUUUCACAGUAUUUUACAACAUUAGCUUGUCCUGUUUGUGAAGAAGAAACAACACUAGGAUUAUGCAUUAAAUGCAGAAAUAAUGCCCAGUCUUCAGUUUUCAUACUGAAUGACAAGAUAAGAAAAAUGGAAAGAGCAGUAUCGCACUUGGAAAAGAUUUGCCAGAGUUGUAAGGGUUCAUCUGAAAAGAAAAACAUGUGUAUUUCCUUAGAUUGUCCUGUUCUCUUUAGGGCAACACUGUGCCAACGUGACUUAGGACAGGCACCCUAUCUGCAACAACUUCUGAAUUAUCUAACUUUCUAGUUUCAGAUACAAAUUUAAAUUUAAUAUAAUUUGUUUAUGUUGUUUUGUGAAUUUCACAUUUUUUGUCCUGUAUGAACUUUUUAAAGGUAUCUUACAUGAAUAUAUGUGUGGCAUUGUUUGUAUAGCCCGUGUAAAAAUAGCAAGUUUUUAAUAUAAUAUGUUAGUAAAUAUUAAGAUUAAAUUUCAUAUUUAAGAAAAUUAAUUCAAAAAUCUUUUUAUAAUUUCAUAACUAAAAAUACACAUGUUUGUGCUAAAUAGAAGAAAACUUUUCAUCUCUUACCGAGUUUAAAUAGAAACUUUUUCAUGUGUAAAAUUUGAAUAAGUUGGGUAUGGUUACAACAAGGUGUAAAUUAACGUUGUCGGUACUGUGUGAUAAUACAAGUAAAAAUUGUGUAUUGUCUCAUAGCUGUGUUAGUCAUUAAUUUCUGAUGACAAUACAAGUUUGUUUCAAGAUUGGUCCUACAAAAUAUUGAUGCUUAUAUUUCUUUCUUUGUUAAUUUAUGCAUGGAUAUUAUGAUAUUCAUUAUUAAUGCAUUAAGUAAAAGAUACACUAUUAAAUCAAAAACAAUGAUUGUUGAAACAUCAAAUAUUCUAAAAUUUUAAAAUAUCAUGUCACUUGUUAAUGUUGAGUAUGAGUAUAGUCAACUUCAAAAUAUAACAGAAAAAGACAUAUUUAUUUACAAAAUAAUACUUCAGUUAAAUAAUAGUUUCAUAAAGUAAAAGGUAAAAUAAAACUGAAACAAUAAAUAUGUAAAUAUAUUAUUAACUUGUAAGGACCAUUGUUUUCGUAGUAAUGCAGCAUGUUAUUUGUAAAAUAAUAAAUUCAUUAGUACUCUGUUUUAGUUAUAAUCAUCUUUGAUAUUUAUAUGGGUGCUUAAUAAACACUAUAUGAUUGAUAUGUUUUCAUAAUUUUAAUGUUACUUAAUAUCAUUUGUGCUUUUUUUUAAACAUUUUUAUUUGUUAAAAAUAACAGUACUGUUGCAUAAGUGUCAGUGUAGCAUUUCCUUAAAUCAGCAUUUACCAAGCAGAUUAGAUAUACAACAAUAAAAUGUCACAAAAUGGGUAAUAUGAGUAAACUAAAAGUUGUGGACAAGUUUAUAAAGCCAGACUUUUGAGUUGCAGAUGGCAUUCUUAGUGCAUCUGAAGAAAACAACAGUCACCACCAAUAUGUGUGUGGCUCUUAGUUUUAACUUCAGUGUUUUUAACCCUAGUUUUAAGAUCAGUAUAUCCACAAUUUUAAAUUAGAUAUGAUAUACAAGAGCAAAAUCCAAAUUCAAAAUUAAUUUAACCUUCUUGUGGUGAAAAACGUGCAUACGUUAUUCAAUACUGCACUUUGGUUGGAUGUUCCCAUUUUUAAUUACUUCCAAAAGUACAGAUCACUUUCAGUGUUUGCAUGUAGUAACAUUAGAACAAAGGCUCUUAUCUUUUGCUCAGUCCUUCUUUUAUUUCAAGUAAUGUUUAUAUGUCCAUAAAAAACAUUACACUUAUACCUAUAAAAAAUAUCUUCUUUUGAUAUUUAAGAACAUGAUUUUUUGGUAAUCAUGUAUGUCUGAAGUAUUGAUACAGUUAUAUAAGACUGUUAUACCACAGCAGUGUAGUUAACAAAACAAUGGUAUAGUUGUUAGUAAUUAUGUAUGUCCCUGGUAUUGAUACGAUCAUGUGAAACCAUUAUAUCACAGCAGUAUAGUUAACAAAACAAUGGUAUAGUUGUUAGUAAUUAUGUAUGUCCCUGGUAUUGAUACAAUCAUGUGAAACCAUUAUACAACAGCAGUAUAGUUAACAAAACAAUGAUAUAGUUGUUAGUAAUUAUGUAUGUCCCUGGUAUUGAUACAAUCAUGUGAAACCAUUAUACCACAGCAGUGUAGUUAACAAAACAAUGAUAUAGUUGUUAGUAAUUAUGUAUGUCCCUGGUAUUGAUACAAUCAUGCAAGAUUGUUAUCCAACAGUAGUGUAGUUAACAAAACAGAUACAGUUGUUACUAUAUGUAUUUUUUAUUCCUAGCCUUCAUUUAUUAUGUAUUUACUGUGUUAGAAAUUUUUAACCCAAAUCUAGCUCAUUUCAGUGAAGACACAUUACAAGAUAAAGUCAAAAGUUAUAUUAUGUGCUGGAGAUACACCUACAUAUGUUAAUGUAACAAAGAGAAUGACAGUAAUACAUAUGAUUUUGCAUUGCACAAGUAACCAGUGAAUGGUAGUUACAUAUUUUAUAUGAUAAAUUUAGUGAGUUUUCUUUGCCUUUGAUGUAUGCAAGUACAAAAUAUCUUACUCUGGUAUCAUAUUUAUAAAAUUUUAUUUUUUGCACAUUUUGUGCUUAAUCUGAGGUCAUAUGCCAAGUUAGAAUUAAUGUUAUUUUUUAUAGCAGAGUUCAGACACAGUAGUGACCUACUGUCUCAUGGGAUACUUGUAUUGUUUUAUACUUUACCAUGUGUCUGUGGAAAUGUGCUGUGGCUGUGACAUGGAGAAAAGAUGCUUCCAGAUGUAUGUGAUCAAAUUUUAAAAUUGGUCACCUGUAGAGAGAGUAUGGUAUGUGAGAGUAUGUUUAACAAAAUUAUUUUCUAACUUGCACAAGCUAGAAGUCACUAGUGACAGCUUAUCUGUAUUUCAGUGUUUAACUUAAUACCUGCUGAUCUUGUCUGUCUGCAUCUGUUUGUGUUUUCAUAUUAAUUUAGCUAAGAUCAUUUUCACAUUUAUGUAUCUUAAUACAGCUUUUAUUUAUUUAUUUAUUUUACUCAUAAUGUUUAACACUAAAAUGCAGUGGUUCUUACCAGUACUAUGAUCAACUAUGUUUUGUAGUAAAUAAAGUGUUUUUAAUAAUAUUAU